AUGCCGCCCAUCAUCCGUCGAGCUCCCUUGUCCGAGCGUAUCAAGGCCUACCUCAACCCCUACGACCUUCUUCUCUGGAUCGCCGAAGAGCUGCACGACAGCGCUUUGGAUGAAGCUCUACGUGACUGGGGAAUGCCCAUUGGCGUCACUGCAAACAUCGUCUUUGCAUGCGCCAGGUUGGGCUUGAAGAAGAANCCCCACGACGACAUCUUUGGCGACUUUGAAUCAAAGAGCGGUUGGUUCUACUGGUUUUACCGCCUCUUCGAGAGCUCCAUCGAACAAGCCCCUUCAACGCCUUCUGCCCGCCGAGUGCGUGUCGACUCUUCCCCUUCAGCCUCGCCACUCGCAUACUUUUCGUCCAUCAUCUCUUCCAGCAAUGUCUUCUCCCGACGACACCCCGAUCAGCACAACGAUGUGUGGGAAGUCAGCGUUUGGGAUCCCAAGCCCUUCAAUCUCGAACUAUUCGCUCUCUUCUCGCCUGGCCAUGUCCUCGUCUACUGGCUCUUUCUACCUACGAGCGCUGCCGAUCCUCGUCCCUCGGUCACAUUCGUCACUACUAUCCUCCUCGCUGCUCUUCUGAGCGUACAAUUGCUCUUCUUCAAAAAGUUCUUCGUCCAACAGGCAAGAGACUCGACGUUAAUCCACAAGGAGGUCAUGAACGAGUACGACACCAAGUUUGUGCAUCCCAACAUGAACCGCCCGGUGCGCGACGUGGGCACUCAGACAAGAGACACGGCUACAAGUCCUGGCGGAGCAAGAAUCAGGACAAGAGAGGUUGACGUCUACACGCCGCACACUGUCAUCAACAAGGGAUUCAAGGUCAAUCCCAACCCAGCCUACGUCAACCACCUGACAGACGACCCCCGGGCCUUGUACGCCACCUCGCCGACUAAGAAUCUGUCGAGAAGCGCGACGACUCCUUCGCUUCAACCUACCUUUGGAAGCUAUAGUACGGUUUCAUCGUUCAACACAAACACCAUGUCAUCGUUUGGAGCGACGCACGAGCUGACAGACAUGUUCAACACGCCGGGCAAGGCACGGCCAUUGGCACGCGAGCGAGCGACAAGCCCGAUGAAGAGAGCGGGAGAUGGAGGAAGCUUGGGGGUGUAUAGCCAUGCAGCAAGUCCGCUGCGCAAGAGUGCGAGCCGGCAGUUGCUGAGACCUGAUGGCAGGCCACAAGGAAGUCCUUUGAAGAGGACGGUCAACGAGGAAGGAGGGCUGACGGAGAGAUUCGCGAGACUGAGCGAUGCGAAGCGCAGGGAUUCAUCAAGGUAUUAG